GUCUGUUCACCUUUUACAGAGUGCAACAGGAGGAGCUGAUAACAGAAAAUGGGUUUGUGACCAGCAGCUCUCCAGACUGGCUGGCAGUGAAACCAAAGAAAAGACACCGGCAGCAAUCUGUGGAGGAACACCAGCCACAGGGUGAAAGUGGUCAAAGAAAGAAAAAAAGGAAGGAGGCUGGACUGAAAGAGCAGAGGCAUCAUCCUGUGGAAGAAACUGUGGAGACUGGAAAUGUGGAGAGUGUGAAAAAACGAAAGAAAACAAUAGAAGAUGAUGGAAAGUGUAAUAUUCAAAAGAAACAUUGCAAAAAAAAGAAAGAUAAAUCCAGCAAAGAUCAAACCAGACAGGAUUGUUCCAGAAAAAGAGCCAGUCCUGGAUGUUUGGGGAAAGCUCCCUCAGAACCUACUGCUCCGACACCACUCUCUAAACAAGCAGAAGGAAUAAAUGUUUCAAAUGAUUUUCCGCCUCCAAGGAAAGUGGGAGUGCAGGCAAUAGACAGUGAGUAUUCAUCCAGCAGCAUCAGUGAGAGUGACCAUCCGCAGGCAAAGAAUCCUCAGCUAGCAACAGGUCACAGCAUCUCCAAGAGUGAGGGGAAGGGCAACUCGACAAAGAAACAUCCCAACUCUCGACAUGGGAAGAGACCUGCCCAGACUGACCUUACCCCUAAAAUGGCUGGAGUAAGUACAGACAGCAGCUCGGACUCUCAGAGCAGUGACUUUCAAACACCUAGAGUUAAGAAAGCACUCACUCUGAAUCACAGAGCUCUGCCUCCAGUGGAAAGGAUAUCUGGCCAUUCUGAAAAUGGUAAGUCUCGUGCUGCCAGGACAUCACCUACAGCUGCUUCAGACUCUCAAGGUUCUGAAUCAGAGCAAACCAAGAGCAGAGCUGGAAGUGAAGAUGCUGCAGCUGCAGCGCCAGGCCAAACUAACACCGAGGGAUAUCGCCCAACGCCUGCUACCCUGCAACCUAAGCCAGCAGAGCAUUCUGACUUCGGACAGGGCAAUGGAAGGGGGCGAGGUCGAGGAUUUAAUGGAUUCCCAUGGAGAGGGGGACGUCAGCAGCGAGGUGCGUUCCGGGGCAGGGGCAGAGGAACUGGCUGCUUUUACUAUAACUAUGAAAAUAGCCAGGAACCCAAACCUGGAGAAUCAAAUCAAACGUUAACUAAUAAGCAACCUGUUGUCGAGAGUUCUCCUGGGGCUCCCAAGAGAGACUACAGCAAACUUCCACUCCUAGCUGCACCACCUGAAGUGGGAGAAAGAAUUGCCUUUAAGAUGUUGGAACUAUCAGAGAAUUACACACCAGAGCUGUCAGACUACAAGGAAGGAAGAAUUGUGAGUUACAAUGCCAGUACCCAAGAAGUGGAGCUGUGUUUGGAUUCCAUGUCCACAGAACGUUCUAAAGAGCCUGGGAAGUUUGACCUUAUUUAUCCAACAAAGAACGGUGAGGAUGUGGUGGAGUAUGCAGUGGCAAGACAGCCCCAGGUAACUGAAAGUUGGAGCGCUCUGGUCGAACCUCGUCUGAUUGUGACACCUAGUGCCGAGCCAGUAGCUGUGGAGUUGGCCUAAGUGACCACCACCAUCGGCCCACCUCCGCCCCCCUCCCUCCGCCCCAUCUCUGCCCUCACUGCUUGUUGUGCAGGGAUUGUUCUGCUAAUGUAGCUCCAUUCCUGCACGAUCCUGCCUGUCCUGUUCACCAUACUGUAGUGUCCUGACUGCAGAAUGUGGAGCUGGGCUUUCGGGAACGGCUGUGGUUGUAUAUUUUCUGAGAUUGCAGUUCUGCUGGGAAUGGUCUUUUGUGAAUUGUUUAAUAAAUGUUUUUUUUUCUAA